GAGUGACUCAUCCUCAUCACAGACGAUCUUCGGGGUGCCGGAGCUCUCCUUGCAGCUGACACGGAGAAUCAACCCGGGACUGGCCGCAGCUGUGAGCCGUACAUCUUACCUGUCACCGGCCGGUGUUGUCUCUUCUCUUGUGGUCUGAACGAACGUCGGUCGUAUUUGCGGGAUGCUAAAAUGUUCUGAUUCACCCCGCGAGCGAUGAAUGAAACGAGCACCAAGGGGACCGGACCGGCGGAGGCUCUGUUGACUGCGGGCUGCCGAGCCCCGCCUGUCGGGCUGUACGGAGGAUGGAGCCGAGGCUGAGCGGGGAUGGCAAGCCGUCCGUGUCCUGGUUCCUCCUCGGCCCUGUCUUCGUCCUCUCCCUCCUGGCUGUAUUAGUGAGCUGCCAUGGGACCUGCAAACACCGAGCUCCCCCUCCCGACGAGGUUGUCCAUCAUGUGUACCUGAAACCUGAGCGUCUGACUAAGAGAAGCUCUCCUGACGACCUUCAGCUGAAGAUAAAGAUCAUCUAUGACUACAGUGUUGACCAGCUUCCUGCAGACAAGAGGAGACUGGUGAAGGAUAAGCUGUUUCCUCAGGCCAUCGACUACCUGCAGAGGGCCUUCAGUGUGAGGCGCAGGGUGGGGCCUGUGCUGCUCAGCAGACAAUGUGCGACCAACCAGUACCUGAGGAAGAGAGAUGACCCCCAUCGCUACUGCCAGGGCGCCUGUGCAGACGUCACCCGCUGCGGCCCCAUCAUCAUACCACAGCACCACCUGCAGCAAUGCAAGGUGUGCAGCGAGUCUGGGAAGUCAUGUGGCCCCUCGGGACCCCCAGAUGGCCCCGGAGUGGAGGGGUCCGACUUUGUGCUCUACGUCAGCGGGGUCACCACAGAGCGCUGCGGACAGGAGAACAUCGUGGCCUACGCUGCGUACUGCCAGCUGGAGGCGGAGCUGGACAGACCUGUAGCAGGCUAUGCUAACCUGUGUCCUGCCAUGAUCUCCUCCCAGCCUCAGGAGUUUGAGGGGAUGCUCUCCACCGUCAAGCAUGAGAUCAUCCACGCUCUGGGGUUCUCAGCCGGUCUGUUCGCCUUCUACCACGACGAUGACGGCAAACCUCUGACUCCUCGCUUCGCCAGCGGCCUGCCCGCCUUCAACGAGAGCCUGGGUCUGUACCAGUGGAGCGAGGCGGUGAUCAGGAGGGUCAGCAGGCUGUGGGACAUCAGAGGAGGGGUGAUGGUGCGGCACCAGGUCCACGUCCUCGUCACUCCUCGUGUCGUGGACGAGGCGAGGAGACACUUUAACUGUCCCAUCCUGGAGGGGAUGGAGCUGGAGAACCAGGGCGGGACGGGGACAGAGCUGAACCACUGGGAGAAGAGGCUGCUGGAGAACGAGGCGAUGACGGGCUCCCACACCCAGAACCGGGUGUUCUCUCGGCUGACGCUGGCCAUCAUGGAGGACAGCGGCUGGUACCGAGCCAACUACAGCCUGGCUCAGAGGCUGGACUGGGGCCGCGGCCUCGGCUGCGACUUCGUCAUGAAGAGCUGCAAGUUCUGGAUGGACCGGCAGAGACAGAGGCGCCACGCUGUGACUCCGUACUGUGACACGGUGCGAGCGUCUCCUCUGCAGCUCACCUGCAGACAGGACCAGCUCGCCGUGGCUGUCUGCAACCUGCAGAAAUACCCACAGGAGCUGCCGCUGGAGUACCAGUACUUUGAGCGUGUCCCAGACGUGGCGGCUGACCAGCUGUCGUUCUUCGGUGGAGCCGUGGAGAUCGCUGACUUCUGUCCCUUCAGUCAGGAGUUCAGUUGGCACCUGAGUGGAGAGUAUCAGAGGAACUCGUACUGCAGAGUGUCUGAGAACCAGCCAGACUGGUGGAGGAACUAUGGGGCGGAGCAGUAUGGACCGGACUCUGUGUGUCUGUACCAGAAGUCGGCGUUUGUGAUGGAGCAGUGCACCAGGAAGAUGACGUACCCUGACUGGGGCUCCGGCUGCUACAAGGUGUGGUGCUCGGCUCAGGGCCUGACGGUGUUCGUUCAGGAUCGCUCCUUCCUGUGCGUUCGUAAAGGUCAGCUGCUGAGUGUCAGCGUUCGGGUCAACGACUGGGUUUAUAACGGCGUCCUGAUCUGCCCCGCCUGCACCGACUUCUGCGACGACUGCCCCCUCCCCCACCAGCUGCCCCCCAUCAACACCUCCAGGAGUAACCCCAUCGACCCCUGCUCCAGUUCUCCAGGUCUGGCCAUCACUCUGUGGCUGCUGCUGCUCAACCUGCUCCCCCUAGUGGCCGGACUGCUGCUCUGCCACUGCAGCUGAUCUCACACACACACGCACACACACACACACACACACACACACACACACACACACACACACACACACACGCACACACACGCUAAGGUAGCUGGACAUGUUACUGUCCUAAACACUCAGUCCUCUGUGGGCUGCAGACUUUUCUUCUCCUUCUUUCCUUCCUUCCUUUGUUCCUUGUUUCCUUUUCUUUCUCCUUCAUUCCUUCCUCAGGACCUCCACUCUUUCAUUCCUCUUCUCUCCGUUCCUCAGUUCAUUUCAUAAACGACACGAGGACAGACUGUAUCUUCGUCAGGGAUCUUUGUGCUGAAGUUUCAGCGCGGUGCAGCGAACACUUCGUCCUCUGGAUCCUCUGCUUUUUAAUAUUACAUCGUUUCUCUGGACUGGACCCUGUCUGUCUGUCUGUCUGUCUGUCUGUCUGUCUGUCUGUCUGUCUGUUGGCUCGAGGUGCAGCAGAACACCUGGUGGAGUCUCUGUGGUUUGGGAUCAGAGUAAAGAGACGUGAGACUGAAGACCACGAGGACCAGAUCCCUCUCAGAUCCUCCAGACCAGCACUGCAGGACUGUGCGUGACAGUUGAAGUGUGAUUGCGACUUUCCGGCUUUAAAGCUAUUUUUCCUCGUGCUUUUAAGCUGAAAGAGCCGUCUCCUUCCUCUCCUUCUCCUCCUUCUUCUUCUUCCUCUGACUGAACCACCAUGAGGACCUCUGCUGUGUGUUGCCCCCCGCUGUUAGCAGGAGGUAACUGAUCUGUUUUUGUUUUUUAAGUCUGAAGGAUCUUUUAUCUGAAAACUUGUACUGUAAAUAUGAAUGACACUUUCCUGUUCUUUAGAGGGGGAGGGGGGAGGGUGGUGGAGGAAGUUUCCCAGCAUCCUCCAGACACGUCACCUGAGUUUAAAUUAUUUACUAAAUUUCAUGUCCCAACAAAGACAAACAGAAAUCUUAGUGAGAGUCCUGCACUGGCUAAAAUUAAACCAGAUAUAUGUCAUUCCUGACCCUGACCCUGACCCUCAUCCUCAUCCUCAUCCUCAUCCUGACCCUGACCCUGACCCUGACCCUCAUCCUCAUCCUGACCCUCAUCCUGAUCCUGACCCUGAUCCUGAUCCUGACCCUCAUCCUCAUCCUCAUCCUCAUCCUGACCCUGACCCUCAUCCUGAUCCUGACCCUGAUCCUGAUCCUGACCCUCAUCCUCAUCCUCAUCCUCAUCCUGACCCUGACCCUCAUCCUCAUCCUCAUCCUCAUCCUGACCCUGACCCUGACCCUGACCCUCAUCCUGAUCCUGAUCCUGACCCUCAUCCUGACAUCCAAGAUCUGCUGGAGAGAAGACGGCUCACUCUGUUGGAUUUACAGAGGUGUGACGUUCAGAGACACAAACCAACAACAGACAGGUUUCAUUUAGUUGAGUCAUUAAGUUAAUGAAUAUUAAUGAGUGACGACUGAAAGUGAGAAGCUGCUGCCCGGAGGUCUUUGAAAACUGAGCUUUAUUAAUGAUGAUUAGCAUCAAAGUUUUGGGUUAGUGUGCAGUUAGGUGCUGCAGUGUUGGAGCUGAAUAAACGCAGGAAAGAAACAAUGAAGGAUCAGAUUUUGAUCAGCUUUAUUUUAGCCAGUACCGGACCUUUAAAUACGACCACAGCAGGGAAACAUCCGAUUGGCUCAGGACGUCUCUUGAACACACAGAGCAGCCACUAGGAGGACGCUGAGUGGAGCAGUUUCUCUCCGUCUCCUCCUGCCGGUCAGAACCAUGGCGGACAUCAGAUCUUUCCUACUGUCACUGUAGAGGAUCUGAUGACUUCCUCUUCCUCCUCCUUCGUCCCAGUAACAGACACUGAUGUUUCUCAGACUGAAGGACGUUUGGGAAACAGCAGGAAUCACAUGGUGCUGAAUAUUCAAACAUUGAACAUAUAAUGAAAUACAUUUUAAACAGUUUUAUUACAAACAGAUGUUCAACAGCUGUUGAUCAUUUCUGUACUGAAGGAAACACCUGAGCUUUGUGGACUAGCGCUGCUUGUUCUUAAGGUUGCGUUCACAGUCAGCCUGUUGUUAGAGGUUCACUAACGUCUGUUUGAGUUCAGCUGCUGAAGCCGAAUGAGGCCGAUGAGUGUGAAUGCAGGAGUUCGUGUGUCAUGUGACUGCGUUCAUGUCGGAGGGAAGAUGUGCGUUUGUUUGUGUUGUCAUGGAGAGGUGACGACACAUGAUCUACAGUCAGCUGGUUUCUCUCUGUUCAUUCAUCUCCUCUGUUUUAUAGUAUGAAGGACAAACAACAAACGAAUAAUUAAAUACAUAAAUAAAUGUAAAAUACAAACAUUUCAGUCAUGAAAAAUUCUAUUUCUGUAUUUCUACAUUUAUUUAUAUAUUUCUGUGUAUUUAUUUAUUCAUUAACCUCCUAGGACCUGGCGUCCACAUAUGUGGACCUCACAUUUUGGGUUCUCUAGACCACAAUACUAACUUUUUCUCAACAAGGGCCUGGUGACCACAUGAGGAUAUUAUACUGCCACUCAGUAAUCGAAAUUUAAAACUAAUGUCCUCAUAUGUGGACAUCAUUUUUCUCAGGUCCCAAUCAGCCUGAAUAGAAAAGAGAAAUUAAAAAUGCACGCCAUGCAAGAGUUCGGGUCUUAGGAGGUUAAGUAUAGUAUAUAUUUAUAAUUAAUAAGGAGGGACCACCUACCUAAUUAACAUACGGACACAGAAAUAUAUAAAUAAAAUGUAGAAAUACAGGAAUAAAUACAGAAAUGUAAAAAUAAUACAUAUACUUUUUGGUAAUGAUAAAUGCCAUUUUUGUAUUUUUACAUAUAUUUAUUUAUUUAUCCAAGUUAUUAAGUAUGUGAUAUAUUUAUUAAUUAGGUAGGACCGCCAACCCAAUUAACACAGAGAUACAUAAAUAUAAAAUAAAGGCAUUUUGGCAAUGAAAAAUGAUGCUAUUUCUGUAUUUUUACACUUAUAUUUAUUUAUGUAUUUAUUCAUUUAUCUGAGAGCAUUAUAUAUUUGUUUAUUAUUAAUUAGGUAGGCUAAUUAAGAUAUGGACACAGAUGUAGACUUUUAGAAAUGAAGGACUAAAUAAUAAAUAAAUAAAAAUAUGUAAAUAUAUGCAUAAAUAAAUAAAGGUAAAAAUACAAACAUAGCAUUUUUCAUUACCAAAAUAAUGAUUCAUUUGGGCAUUUAUUUAUGUUUUUAAUUAUUAAUUUAUUUUAUUUGUUCAUCCUCUUUCUCAUUUUUUGUCCUUCAUAUUAUAGAAGUGAUUAUUUGGAAAAAACACUCAUGUUUAUGACAGAAUCAGAAAACAGUAAGUAGACCCUUGAGUUGAGAUCUCUUCACCUCUCCUGUAGCGCCACCAUCAGGACGAAAUCUGAAUCUAACUGGCAGGAACACGUUCAUUUUCUCCAGAGGAUGAACCCUCAAACCCUGUGUGUGUUAGCGCUGUAGCUAUGCUAUGCUAGCGGAAAGAUGGAAUUACAUGUUGGAGUUUUCAGACCAAACAAAAGUAAUUAAAGAAAAUCAGGUCAUAAUAAAAACGGUAAAGAAGAUGUUAAAGUAACAGUCUCAAUGAUCUGUGUCGUGAUCGUUGGCGACACCUGUGGCCGUACACCGUAACUGCAGCUGUGUUUUCCAAGCUCACGCUCGUCGCCGUCUGUGACUCGUGUUCCUUGUUCCUUUGUGGACGAUCUUGGAGACUGUCACUUUAUAAGAAUCAUUGUGUGUUAUUAUUCUUCAGUUUCCUCAAUCGCUCGUUGUGGCGUCAGUUUUGGAGUGAAACUCUUCGUGGUUCUGUAGAGCAGCUCGUUCAGUUUCACGCUGUGUUUACACUAAAGAAGAAGAACUGGCCUUAAAGUGACAUGAAGAACACAGUGUUUAUUGAAACCCAUCAGGGGAGUCGGUCCAUGGUCUUUGAGACGUUUCAGUCAUGUGACUGAGCUGAAGCGCCAACAGGAAGUUGAGUGAUGAACAAAAUGAACUGCUGAUUUAAAAACAAACAUGUUGAUGUUUACAGUUGAGACUCGUGUAGUUUAUCUGACAUUACUGUGAUGCUUCAUGCUGUAGAGUUUGUGUCUGUCCACAUUUUAUUUUGUUCAACUCGUCUGUCUGCAGGUCGUCUUUUUAUCCUAUUUAUUUUAUUCUUACGAAGAUGUUCGAUGUGAAGUUGCACUGAGCUGAGAAAAUCUUGAGUUUGAAAGUGAAGAUAUGUUUGGAGAAAUAAUUUGAUGCAGUUGUGAGUCCUUCAGUGAUCAGCUGAUCUUUGUUGUUUUUAUUUUGUGUGUUUUUUAGAAAAAGGGCUGCUUUUUAAGACAAACCAAGACUGUCCAAAUAAAAUGCAUCUGUAUCCCAGA